AUGUCUAAUUUACUGAAUGUUUUGUCUGGGUUUGACUUCAACUCAGAAGAAUGGUUGAGAACAAAUUAUUUAGGUCUGUUUUCAUUAUGGCUGGAUGACAUUCUCGUUUCUCUAUCCUCCUCCCCCUCCUCUCUCUCUCUCUCUUUAAAUUAUUCUUUUUCCCAUACAAUCAUUACCUCUAUUUUUCUAUUCCUAUCUCCUCACACCAUUUUCUCCUUCUCUCAUCUCUUUCCUUCUCCAUUUACUCUGUAUUCCUAUCUCUCAUUGCAUCUCUUCUUAUUUAUAACUUUCUCUCUCCCUUGUUCCAUAUCCCCUCUCAUUCCUUUCCUUCUUUGUAUCUAUUCCUGCCUCCCCCUUCUAUUCUUUAUACCCUUUUUCCCCUCCCCAUCUGUCUUUCUUUAUCUCUUUCCUUUGUAUCUAUCCUUUCUUAUAGUCACCUGUCCUUUCCUCCUACCUCUCCUUUAUAGCCUUCACUUUCUCCCUCCUCUUACAUGUAUCCCUCUCUUCUUUCACUCUCUCUUAUCUUCUUUGCAUUCAUCUGUCCCUCCCUAUCUCUCCUUCUAUAUUCUCUCCUUUAUAACUGUCUCUCCCUACCCACUCAUCUCUCCCUCCUCUUACUUUAUAUCUCUCUCUUCUCUUUGUAUUCUUCUGUGCCUCCCUCCCUAUCUCACCUUCUAUAUUCUCUCCUUUACUGCCAUCUCUCCCACCCCUCUCUUUCCAUCUCUUCUCUCCCUCCUCCUACUUUGUAUUUAUCUCUCUCCCCCUCCCCCUCUCUCCUUCCAUCCCCUAUCUCUCUCAAAACAGCAAAAUUCUAUAAUUCUUUUUUCACCUUCUCCAAUUGACUUAAAAAAACAAAAACAAAAAACUUCCUUUUGUCUGCAAACCUUGGAUUGCUUACAAAAUGACAAACAACAACUUCUUCAUUUAUCAAUGCCAAAACUGAUGUCUGGGAUUUCUUUUGAUAAAUCCAACAAUCCUAUCUUGACCCCAGAUUAUUUUCAAAUUUACAUCCCAACUUUAUAUUUUCUUCCUUUCUCCUCCCAUUUCAUCUUGCCUUCUCAUCCCCCACCAUUUUGUCUCUCACUAUCUCUUUCCAUUGUCUCUUCUCCUGUUACUACUACCAGUUUUGUCUCCUCCUCUUCCAACUCCAUUUGGUCUCCUUCUCUUCUCAUCACAAGUGUAAUUCUUACUCUUCCUCCUCCCAUUAGGUCUCCUCCUGUUCUCACCAUCACCAGUGUCACUCUUACUCUUCCUCCUCACAUUUAG